AUGGCCGACCUGCCCGACACCGAGAGGCGACGUGCCUCACCGACGUACGUCGAACCACACAAGGGCGACCUAGAAACCACCCGGGAGGAGCGCUUUGAAUGUGCCAAGAAGAUUGAGGAGAAGCUCCGCCAUGUCUAUAAGCACACCUUUCCACUGACAGCAAUUCACGCUUCCAUCAUAUUGCUCGUUCCUGAGGGGUGCCUAAAGGAUGGGGGCUUUCUUGACCCUGAUGAACCAUCACCCUCUCUGAAACAGGCCCUUCAACAUGUCGCCGAGUUGGUCGGACACUUCAUCCAAAAGUCGAACGAGGAUCGCUGGCCUGCCGAUCCAACACAGCCCAAGCGAUCAGAAACUGUCCCGACAGAGCGCUCUUUAAAGAGACCACGUGCCGCAAUCGAUUCUGGCAGUGCCGGACCCGAAAGUAUCACCAGAGAUGAUAACGACACUGGCUGUCCAUCUUACGAACCAAAGGAGAUUCAACAAAGAGCAGCAGUAGAUUGCCGCCAACGAGACAAUUUCCAAUGCAUUAAGCCCCUCGACUCUCAGAAUCCGGAUAAUGAGACGUCGGAAGAUCAAGCAACAGAAGUCAUGAUUCAAUUCAACUGGCUGGAAUGCCGGCAGGGCAAACCCAAUGACCAAGUCACCGUCAUGGGUUCCAGUAACAGCAUGGAGGACCUCGCCAAAAGACAACUCUUUCACGAAGCAAACGGAAACCCUGCCCCCGAUCGUAACGAGAGUGGCAUUAUCGCGGCUGGGGGUAUGGACGCCCACACGGCCAUUAUUUCAGGACAUGUUGUACAAGUGCUUAUGCCUUUCAGCGAUGCUAAGAAAUGCAAAUUGAUGAUUGACCUCCAGUGGUAUCUCAUCCAAAUCGCGGCCAUGAGUGGCGGGGCCAGGCAUCCUGAGCUGCUUCCACAGCCCUAUGUUUAUGACCCCUGCAAGCGUUUGAGGCGAUCUAGUUCGUCCUGA